UGGAUAAUCCAUCUAACACUAUGUUUAACAAUUAUAACUAUACAUGGAGACGUCUGCUUUGGUAUUCCUGGAGACAAGGGUCUCAUUCUGGGAAUGUGGAGUCCAGCCUCGAUACUUACCAUCACAGAAAUACCCAGAGCUUCGGCGAGUCGCUAUGGCAACGUAUCUAAGUCUUUAAUUCCUUCCGAAACCCAGGUGACCAGCAUCACGUCUGAUCCAGAAACAAAUACCAUUUUUACAAGCAUAAGAAACUCAAUUUACGCAUUCUCAAACUUCAGCAUUUGGCAGAAUCAAACAAGGAUUUCACGCAUUUACAAAGGAAAGUCUACAUCUCUCGGACAGAUCGCAUUUGAUUAUGUUUCAAAGAACUUGUAUUGGUGUGACUCCUUACUUGAUUGGAUUGCAAUGAAACCAGCUUACACUAGCAAUAACACCAUAUAUAAAGUCGUUGUUGACAAAGACAUGAAGCAGCCAGAAGGGAUAGCGCUAGAUGCUGAAGAUGGAUUGAUGUUCUUUUCCGACAAUGGUCCUAAUCCCCGCAUUGAGCGAGCCUCCAUGGAUGGGAGCGACAGGGUCGUGAUAGCGCACACGGGUUUGAUUCGUGUGUUGGCUCUCUCUAUCGACAUUGUCAGUAACAUACUUUAUUGGGCAGACUACGGUAGACAUACGCUAGACGCCUGUAACUACGAUGGAUCCAGUAGGCGGGUUUUAAGACGAAUGAACCAAGUUACAGUGACUGGAAUACAUUACAAUCAGAAUAUGUUGCACGUUGUAAGCCCUAGUACCAGAGGAAUGAUAGGAAUUGAUACAACAUCCGGGUCACCACUUUACAAUAUACAGAUUGAUACAGGGCAACCAUUUGUCGUACAUGUUUACGAUGCAGAAACGUCCAUCUCAUACAAUGACCCGUGUUCCUCUCGAGGCUGUCAACACAUGUGUGUUAAAACUCCUAUGGGUCCUACGUGUCUCUGUGCGGAAGGUUUCCAACUCUCCACAGAUAACUUAACAUGCACAGACCGCUCCUGGUUCCACGAAAAAGGCUUUAUUGUGAACAAUGCAACAACGUUUUCCAUGUUGGAAGUGAGUUCCGUUAGUGCGGGAGAAGGUUUGCAUCCCUCUUUUCGGGUCUCCUCGGUUAUUCAAACAUUUACCGUGGACGCCAAGUUAGACCUGAUCUACUUUGUGGACAACAGUGAUAACUCUUUAAAGGAAUUAAACAUCAUCACUUCACAAAUUAGAACGUUAGCAUCCAUUUCUUAUGCCAAAGCCCUUGUAUUUGACUGGAUUGCUAAUCUUCUUGGCUGGAUCGAACCUACACAGUCCAGUAUCCGUGCAUUUUCCAUCAAUUCUGGCACGAUGUCAACAAUUUAUUCCGGCCUUCAAGAACCAUCAUCUCUCACAGUGGACCCCCACAAUAGCUAUCUUUACUGGAUUUCUGGAUCGUCGGGGAAGUCAAUAAUGCGAGGAACAUGGAGCAGGGAUACUCCCCAAGUUAUUUUGUCAUCUGCAAAUGUGGCUAAUCCCAGCUCUCUCCAAUAUGACGUCACAAGCGACAGGAUAUACUGGCUUGACAACUCGUUGAUUAAAAGUUCAAUGACAAAUGGAUCUGAUAUCAAAACCCAUAUCGUCACAUUAGGCGCAACACAGGCAUUGGUAUAUAAGGAUUUCUUUGUUUGGAUAAAUGGAAACCAAAUGAGCUUUGCAAGAAAGAGUGGGUUGAAUGCAGAAUAUGCGGUGAAUAUAUUAGAAAACUCAAACGGAGUCGCUGUUUUUGACCGGUCAUUACAACAAGAUAGAAGAGGUACCUGUCAUAUUAUGAACGGUGGUUGUGAAGAUAUAUGUGUACCGACACGGAGCGGGCGAAGAUGUGAAUGUGAUGUGGGGCUGAAGAUUAAAUCAGAUAACACGACUUGCGACAGUGAUGUUUUUUCCACGAAUUUCAUUGUUGUUGCGGAUUACUCACACGGAAGGAUCCUCCAGGUUGACAUCGAUACAGGGAAUCUAGUCAAAUUACCAUUCAGUACAAAUUCUCCUGGAAUAAUACUUGAUAAAUCAAGUAUGAAACUCUUUUAUUCCCAAAUCUCCACCAAAUCCAUAAUGUCUACCACACUCCAUGGAAGGAAUACAACUUUAGUCUACGCAAUAGGCUUUGCUUAUGCUGAUCGUAUGGUCAUUGACUAUUCCACGGGAAAUAUUUACUACACUGCAGUGGGCUCAACACCGAGCCAGAGUUAUAUUGGCGUGAUACAUAGAAUGAAUUCACUUCAUAAGACUUUGUUGUCUAACUUAUACAGUCCAAGGGAAAUCGUGGUAUAUCCGUCAAAAGGUUUCUUGUACUGGACAGAGUUUGGAAAUGUAACUCAAAUAGGUAGAGCAUAUAUGGACGGAACCUCGAAAAUGUAUAUUGCAACAACUGAUAUUGGAUGGCCGAAUGGCCUCACUAUUGAUUUUACAUCUAGUAGGCUUUACUGGACAGACGGGCAAAAAAAUCGGAUCGAGUACUCCGAUUUAAAUGGCGGAAACAGAGGAGUUCUGGCGACAGAUAAUGACGCUCAUUUAAUGAGCAUGGUGAUUCAUGGCCAAUACCUGUAUUACACCGCAUGGAAUCGACAACGCAUUACUAAGAUGGACAAAUCAACAGGUUCAAAAGUUGUCUUUAUGUUGAACCAUCCAGAGCUAGGCAGAUUAGACAGUUUAGCGAUCUAUGCAGAUGAUGUAGUGGACGUGAACACGAUUUGUUCCAAGUUGAACGGCAACUGCAGCACGUUCUGUUUUCCGACGCCAUCAGGAAGAACGUGUGGAUGUCAGGAUAACGUAGAUCUACAAUCAGACCAAUCCACGUGUCAAGGAGUAACUCGCUGCAGUACGUCCCUGCAGAAUGUGAACGUACUCAAUUGCCUCCCGUAUUCUGGACAGACGUGUGACAUUGAGUGUAAGACUGGAUACAAACUUGCUGUCAAUACGUCCAUUACCUGUGGAACGUCUGGUCAGUGGUCACCUCCUACCGCUGCUUUGUGCACAGAAAUCUUCUGCCCUCCAUCUGUUGAUAACGUCGUGUUGUCAUCAAGUUGUGGAAGAAAGGUGGGUGAAGCCUGUAAGUUCUCCUGUACAGAAGGUCAUACUUCCACUACGUCACAGAAUUUGGUUUGUAAGGAUGACGGCACUUGGAACCAGAAUAUGAGCGAUUUAUGUACACAUACGGGUUGUUCUAAGACCGUACAAAACGGAUAUCUUAUCAAUUGCAAAUCCAAUGCCGGUGAUACAUGUAGAUAUGAGUGCAACAGUCCUAUGGAAACCAAUCCCUCUAUUCCAAAUAUCGCUUGCGGCACAAAUGGCGAUUGGAAUCACGAUACAAACGACUUAUGUGUGCUUUUAUGUCCAUCAACAAUCCCAAACGGAGAGCUUGCACAAAGUUGUCAGAGAAGAGUUGGAAAUAGCUGCACAUUCACCUGUAGCGGUAGUCACAGACCGUCCACUUCUCAAAACCUUUUCUGUACCUCAAAAGGUACUUGGAGCGAAAACAUCGAUCUAUUAUGCAAACAAAUAGCAUGUCCAUUGGAAAUAAAGAACGGAAAUAUAUCCUCUUUGUGCCAAGGGCGUACUGGGGAAAAAUGCAAAGUAACAUGUCACACGGGAUUCGUAGCAAAAUAUUCAGAGAUAUUUUGUACAUUAUCGGGAGUAUGGGAUAGGAAGAGUGACGAUAUUUGUACAGCAAUUCUUGAUAACCCCUCCCCUUCUCCAGUUGAAGAGACCGAUAUUACCCUUAUUGGAGUUGGGGCAUCAAUUACAAUCAUUGUCAUUGCCAUUGCUAUCGUUGCUAUUGUUUGCUUCGUCAGGCGAAGGAAACAACCUGGAAAUGAAUACGAACAAUCACCUGCAGCUCGAGAAAAUCCUUAUUCAACAUUCAUUAACGGCGGGUAUUUAACAGACAUGGAUACUUCAUCCCAUGGGAGGCCGGUUUCUGAUGUGUACUGCAGUAUAGAGGAUUCGCAUUUCACAGAAUACGGGGAUUCAGUCAAAGAAACCUACUUAAAUCCGAUUUCUAGAUAACACCUAUCACAGAUCAUAACUGUCUUAACACCUAAUGAUUCCUUGUCUUACAUUUAGAUAUCAUGAUUGAGUUCUUGAAUUAGUUCAACAUUUCUCUAUUUGUAUUGGGACACUACAUGAUCAGAUUCCCACCCAUCUAAACAUUUUAAGAAGUUCCAGGUCACCUGGUCCCUUACUCACCAUAACAUUAAGGAAAAUUGUGCUAUUAUUUUAUAAAAAGACUCCUUUACAUAAUUGUAAUGCAGCUGACUGUUGAUUUUUAGAGUAGGCAUUUUCCUAAUUUGAGUUUGGCUUCCCCCGUAAGAGCUUCAUUACUUUCUAUACGUGUAUAGUGUUUGUCAGGGUGAUACAUCUGUAAGUGAUUGAUAAACCCGAAUUGAUAUAGACAUAGAAUUCCUUAGAACUUAGAGGGCAUGUGUGCGUGAUAUCCGGUAUUGAUGUGCUGGCAGUCCUGGACUUGCAUUAUUCGUCCCCAACAUUUUGUACAGUUUCCUUACUAACAUUAAUGCCAGCACAGCUUUGAAAUUUUGAAAAUUGGCCGCUUGGUUCCAUUUGAGAGUUAUGCAUAUGCGUGCGCAUUGCGUUGCACGAAGUUGCUCACUAGACUUUUAAAUUAAUUGAAAUCAUUCUCAUUAAAUUAACUUUCUGCGAUGAAUGAUCAUGCUAAAAAAAAAUAUAAAUUUUAUAACCUCCUUUUCGUUAUAUGACUUGCAAACAUUCAGUUUUAUUAUUAUAUAUCAGUCUGGGAAAUUACACCAAAUCACGCGCUAUCUACAUACAAAUAUUACCUUGGUGAUUUGUUUUUAUAAUUGUUUGAGACUAUUAUUACAGUGCGUACUAUUGUGUCGGUAGCUCAGUGGUAGGGCGAUCGCUUCGUAACCGGAAGGUCGUGAGUUCAAUACCUACUAGUGCUGUGUCCAAUUUUACUAACUAACUAACACUAUGUCUAACUUCCGUGCUAAAUCUAACUUUAAAUAAGGUAGAUAUUGCACCUUCGCCAAAAAUUGGCAUUUAGAAGUAGGAAUAGCGGAUCUUUCGGGUAUCAUUUUAAAACCUGGAAGUUACGCGUCUCGGUGGGCGUUGGCACUUAAAAAGACUCUGAGCGCUAGACAUAUGUCUAGAUUUUUUGGUACUUCGCCAACAGCUGACAACGCCUCAAUAUCAGUGAACAGUUCUCGAAGUCGCGUAAAACAAACAAAUAACUUGAUAUUGUUUCACCUUCAUAACAGGUGAAAACAAUAUAACAAGGUCCUGAUAGUUUUUUCUAUUUUUAAUAAAAUUAGCGUAGCGUGCAUAAGUCAGAUAAACUCGUCAUUUGAACAACGCAACAUUGCCAUUAAAAAAAAAAUUAUGAAUCGUAUGAUGGUAUUAUCGAACAAAACUUUACCAAACUAUUGUUAGAGUAAAUACAUGUACAUGUACAUUUUUAAUAAUUACUGACAAUGAAAUCCAAUUUUGUUUUAAAUCAUGGUUUUCCUCUUCAUCUCGAAAAAUUGGGAAAAUGAGAACCACAACUUUUUCUCUCCAGAGUCUAAAGAAUUUAGAAAUGAAUGUCAGAAUAAGGUAUUUACAUUUUGUCAAUACACUUAUAUGAUAGAAAAGAAAAUUUUAAGCAAUUCAGAACACGAGAACCUGUUUGCCUUUUUCAUAAGCAUUUAUUUAACAAAAUCUACAUUUCCAUUAAUGAUGUAAUUGCUUUGAACAAUACACGCUAUCUACAAGAAUUGAAUGUUUCUUAAUAGCUCUAACACUUUUGUAUAUCGUUGCAUCUGUUUAUAUAUCAUGUAUGUUGAGAGGGUAAUGAAUGUUACGAAUGUACUGUACUUUGUGUCUGUGAUGAUUAAAACUCGUGAAUUGUUCGGAAAGGAAAAUCUAAGAAAUCAGUACUGCUACGCAAUUCUUAAUUGUACAUUAUGUGACAGUACUUGUGUUGAUUUGUCAUUAAUAAACCAAACCUAUAUAGA